UCUCACAAGAAUGUAAGUGGUAGGAGGGUAGGGACUUUGUUGCUUUUAUUCACCGAUGCAUCUCCAUUGCUUAGAUAUCACUACAUGGUAGGCAUUUAAUAAAUAUUUGUUGUAUGGAUGAGCCUUAAAUUGUUGAAGAUCAUAACCCUUUUGGCGCUGCUUAAUCACAAUUAGGGAGCAGCAAUUAGAAGAGUCCCACGCCCGGUAGGUCCUGCGUUGCAAGGAACUGCUCAACAGAAAAUGGGAAUAGAAAGAGUAAUGGCAAAUAGGAACUUCCAAAUAGGCAAUCAGUUGCUUAAUUUUAGGUAGGGCAGGCAAAAAAUUUGAAUAAUCAGACUAUCCCUGAGCAACUGCAGAUCAAAGAGUCCUUUGUGAUUGCCAAGAAUUACAGUUUGUGAAGAUGGGAACAGGAUGAAAAGAUAGGUAAUCUAAACUAAUUACAUAAAUAUUGCUUAAUCAUCACAAUUCUUAAGGGGUCACACGCAAAAAUGCCUCGUAAGGAGAAAAGAUGGAUAAAACAGGACAAAAUAGUAAGAUUAGUUUUUCUUAUUGAUGCGUCAAUUCUCUAAUGGAGAUUAUGAAGAUUACCAGGUUCAGCUAAAGAUCGCAGUGCUGAUUAUGCUGAUUACCUCUCCAGUUUUCUUAGUCUGAAAUAAGACCUGGUUCCUAAAAAGACACCCUCAGAAAGGGCUGGCCGCCAGGGAGGCAGGAUCAGCCCAGUCCAGCGAGCGAAGUUGUACUGACACGUCUGGCGUCACCACCCUAGAAGAUGCCUCCAGGCUCAGUAUCCCGUCAAGCUGGUGCUCGCCAAGCACCGCGCCCCAGAUCCAAACGAUCGCACCCGCCUCCGCACAGCGGACUCUGAGCCAGGCAAAGCCAGGAGGAACUUGCCCCAGUGCCCCGAGGCCCUACGUGCAGCCAGCCAAUGGCCAUGGGACUGGGGCGGGACCUCGGGUAUCGGGCCAAUGGGAUGCGGCGCGACUGGAGGGCAGGCCGGGUCCCAGGCGGCGGGGUUCGCAGCCCAGCCCCCGGCCAUGUGGGACCCUCGCGGGGCUGAGGCGUGCGCGGCGGCGCUCGGGGGCGCGCUCUUGCUGCUGCUUUUCGCGCUGGGCGUCCGCCAGCUGCUGAAGCAGAGGCGGCCGGCCGGCUUCCCCCCGGGGCCGUCGGGGCUGCCCUUUAUCGGCAACAUCUACUCGCUGGCCGCCUCAGCCGAGCUCCCGCACGUCUACAUGAGAAAGCAGAGCCAGGCGUACGGCGAGAUCUUCAGUUUAGAUCUUGGAGGUAUAUCAACUGUGGUUCUAAAUGGCUAUGAUGUAGUGAAGGAGUGCCUUGUUCAUCAAAGUGAAAUUUUUGCAGACAGACCAUGUCUUCCUUUAUUCAAGAAGAUGACAAAAAUGGGAGGCUUACUCAAUGCCAGAUAUGGCCGAGGAUGGGUUGAUCACAGAAGAUUAGCUGUAAACAGCUUUCGCUAUUUUGGAUAUGGCCAAAAGUCUUUUGAAUCUAAAAUCUUAGAAGAAACCAAAUUUUUCAUUGAUGCUGUUGAAACAUACAAAGGUAGACCGUUUGACUUUAAACAAUUAAUAACAAAUGCUGUUUCAAACAUAACCAAUCUGAUCAUUUUUGGAGAACGAUUCACCUAUGAAGAUACUGAUUUUCAGCACAUGAUUGAGUUAUUUAGUGAAAAUGUGGAGCUAGCUGCCAGUGCCUCAGUCUUCCUGUAUAAUGCCUUUCCAUGGAUUGGCAUCUUACCUUUUGGAAAACUUCAACAGCUGUUUAGAAAUGCAGAUGUGGUCUAUGAGUUUCUCUCCAGGCUUAUUGAAAAAGUUUCUGUCAACAGAAAGCCUCAGUUACCUCAGCAUUUUGUUGAUGCUUAUUUAGAUGAGAUGGAUCAAGGUCAAAAUGACCCGUCAUCUACUUUCUCCAAAGAAAACCUCAUUUUCUCCGUGGGUGAGCUCAUCAUUGCUGGAACUGAAACUACAACCAAUGUGCUACGGUGGGCUAUUCUUUUCAUGGCCCUUUAUCCUAACAUUCAAGGACAAGUUCAGAAAGAGAUCGAUUUAAUUAUGGGACCCAGUGGGAAGCCAUCUUGGGACGACAAAUGCAAAAUGCCUUAUACUGAGGCAGUUUUGCACGAAGUUUUAAGAUUCUGUAAUAUAGUGCCAUUAGGGAUCUUCCAUGCAACCUCUGAAGAUACAGUUGUACGUGGUUAUUCCAUCCCUAAAGGCACAACAGUAAUUACAAACCUUUAUUCUGUACACUUUGAUGAAAAGUACUGGAGAGACCCAGAAAUAUUCUAUCCUGAGCGAUUUUUGGACAGCAGUGGAUAUUUUGCCAAGAAGGAAGCUUUCAUUCCUUUCUCCUUAGGGAGAAGACAUUGUCUUGGAGAACAGCUGGCUCGGAUGGAAAUGUUCCUGUUUUUUACAGCAUUGCUUCAGCGGUUUCACUUGCAUUUUCCGCAUGAACUGGUUCCAAAUCUGAAACCCAGGUUAGGCAUGACACUGCAACCCCAGGCCUACCUCAUCUGUGCAGAAAGACGCUGAAAGCGCCUGGCUGUUUUGUGGAACAAGGCUGUAUGUUCGCCUCACCCUUGAACCUUGUUUAAUCACUGUGUGUGUUUUGACAAAAGUCACAGCAUCAUAAAGCCAAAUGAACACAGAUGUGUCUUUAAAAAUCAUACUAACACAGUAAGCAUUAGCUAUGAUUUUUUUCAAGCUUUUAUGACUUCUAAGGUAGAAUUAUCUGUUGAGGAAAACAAAGGCUCAAUGACAGGUAUUGCUAAGAAGGGCCAUUGAUGUCCUAAGCAGAGCCUGAUUUUUCAGCCUCUUAUUAAGUACCAGGUACCUCCCAUCCCUUCCUGACUCCGUCUUGCUCCUGUUCUGGGGGCUUUGCUUCCAAAUCCCAAUGCCAGCUCCCUUCUGGUCUGGUACUAGUUCAGUUUAUUAGAGGACUAAAGGAGAAAUUAGAACCUAAAUAAAUGAGUUUGGACUACAGAGGUAUUGUAGACAUAGUGGCAGAUGAUAGAAGAAAUAUCUAUAUUUUAAUGUAGAACCUACCAGUGCUUUCAAAUCUUGCUCCCUUCUAUGUCUUCAUAAGAAUUAUGUCAUGUUUCCUAUAAAUGAGGGACUCAGUGACCCCUGAGUAUCUGUCCCCGUAGCAGCAGUUCAUUAGGUAGGAAAUUACAAUUAUAUAUUUAAAAUAAAAAUGACAUGUAACUAUUAAUUCUUUGUAGGCACGGACAUUUUGUCUAGUACCACUCUUUUCCAAAACCAGUCACAGGGUUUAAAGAUUGAAUCCUUUUACCUUUGUGAAGUCUCUGGGAAUUUCCUUCCAUUACUGUUAUUUUUCUAAAUAUAAUACUAUUCAAAUCAAAAGAAACAUGCUUUAGAUCCAGAGUAAUUGUAUAAAUUGGGACGCUUGAGAGUGAUGGGCUUGUAUUAAUAAUUAUGCCAGGAAAUCAAGUGUAAACUGUGACUGUCCUGAUCAAACUGGUGUGCAUGUCCAACUAUUUAUUGUUUUUUUUACAUUAUUUCUUCUAAAGUUUUACAUUAAGAUUCAUGCUCUUGUAACUUGGCUCAUGAAUAGUCACAGCCUCAGAGUAAAUGCACAUAACAAUGACUUCUGUUAAGAAUAUCAA